AUGUAUCAUCAUUAUGAUACAGUCUAUGAACAUUUGGUUAUUAAAUGUAUGGAUCCUACAUAUACUACUUGGGUAUUUCAUGGAGAGCAACCACGUGCAUCAAAUCAAAAUGUUGUAGAAAGGCCUGAGUCAAGUAGGAUGUUUAAGGAUUUCUAUACACAACAUGAUGUAGAUCCUAAAAACCGUCCCGAUGGAAGAGAUAAAGAGAUUGAAAAUUUAGUUGAUGAUGCUGAAACUCCUUUAUAUCCUAGUUGCAGGGCAUUUACAAAGAUGUUAGCUUCGGUUACAAUAUUUAAACAUAAAGCUUCACAUGGGUUAUCGGAUAAUGGUUUUGUUGAACUUAUAAAUCUUGUUCGAGACAUGUUGCCAGAGAAUAAUACACUUCCAGACUCAUUUUACGAAAUGAAAAAACUUGUCAAUAUAUUUGAUCUUGGCUACAAAAAAAUACAUGUUUGCCUAAAUGAUUGUUGUCUAUAUAGAAAGGAGUUUGAGCAUGUUGAAUUAUGUCCAAAAUGUGGUUGCUCGAGAUGGAAAAUUAACAAACAGACAAAAAAAAUUCAGAAAAACAUCCCAGCCAAAGUCUUGCAUUAUUUUCCUAUAAUACCAAGACUGAAGAGGAUGUUUGGAAUAUAUGAGAUGUCAACACAACUUCCAUGGUACUCAAAUAAUAAAAGUUCAGAUGGUAAGAUUAAGCACCCAGUUGAUUCAUUGAGUUGGGAAAUGAUUAAUCGAAGGUCGCCACAUUUUGCAUCCGAUCCUCGGAAUAUUAGAUUAGGUCUUGCUACUAAUGGAUUUAAUCCUUUCAAAGAUCUUGCUCUAAAUAUAGUUGUUGGUAAUGAUAUAAAUGUUUAUUUGGCACCACUUGUAGACGACUUAAUGUUGUUAUGGAAUGAUGGGGUUGACAUGUAUGAUGCUAUUACAAAGUCUACAUUUAACUUAAAAGCUCUUUUGAUGUUGAUAAUACAUGAUUUUCUUGCAUUUGGAAAUAUAUCUAGAUGGCCCGUCAAAGGAAAAAUUGCAUAUCCUAUUUGUCGUGAGAGUACAUGUUCACUAUGGUUGAAACAUGAUAGGAAGUUUGCGUACAUAGGACAUAGAAAAUUUCUCGCGUUUGAUCAUUCAUUUCAUAUGAAAAGAAGAUGGUUUAAUGAACAUAUUGAACAUGGUAUUAGGCCACAGAUAAGAAAUGAUGAAGAAGAUUUUAUAGAAGUUGAUAAAAUUACAAAUGACUGGGGAAAAAUGUUUAUGAAUCCAUUGGAAUUUGAUUUGCAUACUUUACUUGUACGUCAUAAUUUGGAUGUGAUAUAUGUGGAGAAGAAUAUUUGUGAAAGCAUCAUUAGUACACUUUUGGAUGUCAAAGGAAAAUCUAAAGAUGACAUUAACUCUCGUAAGGACAUGGAAAAAAUGAAUAUUAGGCAUGAUUUAUAUCCUCAGAGUGGAGGAAAUAAAUUUUAUCUACCAACUGCUCUUCACACCUUAUCAAAAGCAGAAAAAUAA